CAGUAAAAAUAAAUGUAUUUUUUUUCCUAUUAUUACCCCUCUCUCUCACUCUCUCUCUCUCGCGCACCACCACCUGCAGUUAUGCAACUCACACUCACAGAAUCUCAUUAGGCCCAGAAUUUCGAAUUUUCUAAAACACAAGUGCCCAAGUAUCAAUCUCAUUUGUUUGGCAAAAACCCCAGUUAACAUAGCUUUACAAAAUCGGGGCAAAAAGAGGUAUGAAGUUGACGGACUCGCCGGUGAUUGAGCUCCCAUCCGCAACGCUGUCGUCUCCUACCAACAAGAUAACAGAUCCCUCCACGCCAGUACCACCGUCUGGCCCUGCUCCUUAGUCCAUGUCAAGUUGGCCGAGGCGACGGCAAUGACCUCCUGGAUUUCUUACCUUGAUUUCCGAGCCCCACCCUCCUCCACCACCACCACCCACACCCGAUACCCCUGCUCCGACCUCUUCUUCACCUUCUCCUUUUCUAGCUAGGCAACGGCUGCGGAGUCGCCGCCAUGGGCUUCUACCUCCUUGGCCUCACCGACGUCGUCAACAAGUCCAGAAAAAGAGAUAUGAUUUCGGCUAUGAAGCGUUUGUGAUCGAGAAGGUGAAAAAGAGAGAGACAUGGUUGCUGGUUUUCUUUUUCUUAUGUUUGCAGGGUUGCUGUUUGGGGGUAGACUCGGAGGGAGAAGGGUAAUUAAAAACUUUAACCAUGAUUAAGUUGUUAAACACAUGUCAUGUGUUUAGUGGGUGGUCAUACCAUGACCAAUUUUUUGAUGAUUGGUAAAUUUGAAUCCAUUUCCCGCUCAACACUUUUGCUUUUCUCAGUUACUUAUUUGAGAAUCCAGUGAACUCUGCCUAUUUCUUCUCCAAACUCCAAAAACACUUUCACAGUCUCUCUUGCUAAUUAUCUCACAGCUUUCAAUGGGGAUCAUCAAAGAGAGUUCCCCUACAUACAAAUACCAUGUCUUUUUGAGUUUUAGAGGUGAGGAUACACGCAACAAUUUCACAGGUCACUUGUACAGCGCUUUGAGUGAGAAGGGAAUCGUCACCUUCAUGGAUGAUCAGCUCAUACGAGGGGAAGAAAUAUCACCAGCAUUAAUCCAAGCAAUCGAACAGUCGAAGAUUUCAAUCGUUGUGUUCUCUGAAAACUAUGCCUCCUCCAAGUGGUGUUUGGAUGAACUAGUCAAGAUCCUCGACUGCAAGAAAAAAAUUCAACAAAUCGUUCUACCAGUUUUCUUCAAAGUCGAUCCCUCGGAUGUACGAAAUCACAGAGGUAGCUUUGGGGAGGGACUUGCCAAUCUGGAACGCAAAUUCAAAGAUAAGGACCAGGUCCAGGAAUGGAAGACUACUCUCUUCCAAGCAGCUAGUUUGUCAGGGUGGUAUCUCGAUGAGCAUCGCUCUGAAUCCAGUAUUAUUAGGGAAAUCGUUGAACGUAUAUCAAAGGAAGACGUAGAAAUACAACAUCGUGUGCAAGCGAUACAAAAGCUUUUAAGUGUCCAGGGAAGAGAUGUUCAUAUGAUGGAAUCGGCGAUCCAAGACAUGGCAACACUCCGGAUCCGUGACAUAAUGCCUAGAAGGGGUGACAUCAAGAUAAAGGUUCGUGUGUGCAGGAUGUGGAGAGGAAAAAUUUACCAACCUAUUGAAAAACCUGAGGGAUUAGGCUGUGUGCUGGUCGAUGAACAUGGUGAUUCGAUUCAUGCUUGGGUCAAGGAAGCUGACGUUGAGGAUGUGUUAGACAGCAUAACUGAAGGAUCUGUGUAUGAGAUAACUAAGUUUAGUACCAUGAAAAACCAAAAGGCACACAAAGUUGUACCCCAUAUAGCGCAGCUGCUGUUCAACAACAAAACUGUGUUCAAACUGAUUAUUGGAGAAGUGCCUGCGAUACCUAAACAUUGCUUCCAUCUGAUGGACUACAAUGAGCUUCCUGCACGCAAAAAUAUAGACAUCCUGUUGUCAGAUGUAAUCGGACUGCUGACUUGGGUGCGUCCAGUUAAAGAUGUCACCAUCGAUGGCAGAUUAACAAAAAAAAGAGAAUUGACAUUACAGAACACCAGGAAUGAAGAUCUGAAAGUAGCACUUUGGGGAGACUUGGCUCUUGGCUUUGAAACCAACAAGGUUUUUCAAAUAGUCCCUCCAGUUGUGAUAGUUAUCACAGGUACAAAAGUGAGGCCUUCCUCAGACAACAUAGUACUUUAUACAAGCAUGCGCACACGCAUUUUUCUCGACCCAAAUAUUCCUGAGGUACAAGAAUACAAAGCAAGGUUCUCUAGACCACGUUAUGCACCAAAGCUGGCUUCAAGUUCAACGCAAAUCACAAACCGUGUUGAUGUAGACAGUGCAAACAUGAUCACUAUCAGCGACCUUCUCUUGCAUGAACCAACUGAAAACAAGGAGUCUACCUUCACCUGCAGAGCAAAGAUCACGAAGAUCCUCUUUCGUGAAGGAUGGUAUUACCUCGGUUGCCCCACUUGCAAAGUUAAGCUCCAAAUGGGAUCUGGCUCUGCACUAGAUACAUGUCCACAUCACGGUGAACAAGUUGGGGUACCAAUGUAA